GGGUAGGGUUACGUGGUGAGGAGUGGGACCCUUGUCGUGCACCAACACCACGAUGGACGACUACCCGAUGUAUGGGUUGCUGGUUGGGUUCUCCCUCUGGGGGACCCUCUGCCGUCUCCUCUUUUCUCUGGGAUUUUGGCAUACCUUUGCGUGUAGAGUAGGCCACCCAACCAUACACGAAGGAGGAGGAGGAGAAGAUGGUCGCCAUCCUGCAGGAGAGGAAGGAGAAGGAGGCCAAGAAGAAGGCCUUGAAAGAGGAACAGGCGGCCAAACUAAAGAAGAUGGAAGAAGAGAUGGCCAGGGAGAAAGAGAGGUUGAAAAAGGAAGAAGAAGAGAAGCUGAAGGAGGUGGAUGAAGAAGAGGAAGGACCGCCACUGCAAAAGAGUGGGCAGCACAGCGGCAGCAGCAGUGAUGAGAUGGAGAAGAAAAUUUCGGAGUGGGUCGCCAACUUAUCCCUCGGUGAGGAGGAAGAGGUUGCUAUGUACAUCCCCAAGGAUGAGCAAGAAGCCGCCAUGAAGAAAUGGGAAGUAGAAGAAGAUGUUCUGACACGGCGGGCGAUGGAGGAUGAACAGAGGAUGGCGUGGAAGCUCRCAGUGAUGAGGGAGAAGAAGAGAAGAGUGCAGGCGGCGAAUGCAGCAAUGCAAGAACUAGCGGAGGUGAGGACUGCCUUAACAACACAAUUGACUCCGCAAGUAGAUCUCCAACGCAAAGUGGAGAUCAUCGCCCAGAGCGUUGACCGGUUAGCUAAAGUGCAAGAAAAGCACUAUGAGUUUAGUCGCAACCAGGAGAUAUCCGUGCGUUCGAUGCGAACGGGAUUACGGGAUUUUGCUCGCGAACUAGUAGGCGCUGUGGGAUCCGAGGUGAGUCAUCGCCUCGAGAAGACUGAGCGUUUUUGYGUCGGCGCCAUCGAAGGCRUCAAGGUGGCCGCUCCCAAGGAGGAGGAGGCCCGUCCUCGCARGGAGCCAGUCAAAGUCAAAUUCCCUGAUUCCUACAGUGGGAAAAGGGAAGAGAACUUUGACAAUUGGGAGGCCAAUGUUAAGACCUAUGUGCAUUUGCAACAGGUCUCCCCGGAUCAGCAGGUCCUGAUCGCGAUCCAUGCACUUAGAGACGAGGCCGCCAGUUUCGCGAGAUCCCUUGUUCGUGCUGCCAACUGGAGUGACGAUCCAGUUGCAUACUCAUCGUUUACGUCCCUCAUUGAAUUCUUGAAGCUGCUGCGCGAGCGAUUCGCUGAUGUUGCCCGUAGUGUCAAAGCCUCAGAUAGGCUUCAGACAAUACACUCGCGCCAAUGGAAGAGUGCAAGGGCACUCAAGGGCACAAUGGAUGAGUUGGUGGYUGUUCCUGACCACAAGGUCACGGAAACCCAGUUGGUCAACCUUUUCUACCGGGCUAUGCCCGAAACGCUGCGUGGUCACUUCUUUGACAAGAGUCAGGACCCUGCUAUGACUUACGAUAUACUUAGCAGGGAAGUGGUCGCGUUCGAGGCGAAGUCUGCGUCGAUUUCCACCUUCUGGCACAAAGAUUUAGACAAGGGCAAAAAGUGGAAGGGCCGCACUAUCUCAGGGCAAGUCAAGACCAAGGAUAGCCUUGUGCUCACUUUAGAUGAGGGUAGUGUGGACGAGAUCCCCUACGACCAGAUUGAAUGGGGGUUCGAGGAGGAGGACAGUAGUGUGGGCCAGGGGAGGGCUUACGCUGCUGUCGCGGCUGGAGGGAAGCCGCAAGGAGGACGAGGCCAAGGGCAAGGGGGGCCGAGCCUCAGGGAGCCGGUUCCAGGGCGAUCAGGGGGUUGGAGGCAGAGGAGGGAACCGCCAAGCGGGAGUAUCGAGAGACCCGAACGGCUGCUCAAGAGCCAAACGGCAGCCGCCGGUAGGGGUAGCAACUGCCCUACCACUAGGCCAUGUGGGGAAAAUAGUGCUAGCCGGCAGGAGACUCCCACACCACAUGUGCCUACGGCAGAGGUUACAGGCCGGUGUCUAGACAGCUGUCCCGAGACUGCUUGUGUUACAGUUUCGCUAGACACCUCCCUCACAGGCGUGGCGGAAGAGUUGAAGGAGAGGAGGCCCGCCUGGGCCAAGAUGAAGAAGGAGAAUAAAGGGCAACUAAUUUUAUUAGAUGCAGAGAUUUUUAGAAGUAGAGUAGGGGCCCUAGUAGACUCAGGGGCCACCCGCAGCUAUAUUAGUAAGCAAGCACUGCAGAAGUUGAGGCUGGGACUUAAGGUCCAGAAACUGACAGACCCCAUAGUUAGUAUCCUCGCGGACAAUCGUACCAUGGUUGUAGAGGAUUACGUAGAGGGAGUUCAGGCGUAUUUCCCCCUAGAGAAAGAUGGGAAGGUGGAGAAGGUCCUCCACUCCCUGACUCUCCUCGUAGAGGACAGCCUCCCGUUUGAUAUAGUACUGGGAAUGGAUUGGGGAGAGGCAGCCGGGGCAACGCUCCAUCUGAAGGAGCACGAGUGUAGACUCCCUAGUUCUGCAGGCGAGGCUAAGACUGCCCGCCUGUUUCAUGUGUCAGGAGUAGAGAAUUCCUUGGCACAUUGCUGCCUUAGUGCCCCUGCGUUCGCCAGAUUGGUGAAGAAGGAGAAAUUAGAGGAACAGGUCUUUGUUGCCUAUGUUAGGCCCGUCACUGAGCCUACGGAAGAGAAGCCGAUGGACCCUGCGAUUGCCAAGCUGCUGAAGGAGUUUAAGGAUUUGACUGAGCCGCCGACAGGCACGGUGCCGCGGCCCAUCCAGCACCGUAUCGAGAUAGAGCCUGGCAGUAAAACUCCUAAGGGUGCUGUGUAUAGGAUGUCCCCGCGGGGGUUAGAGGAGCUUCGCAAGCAAUUAGACGAGCUCCUCCAGAAGGGUUGGAUUAGGCCCAGUUCGUCUCCUUUCGGAGCGCCUGUUCUCUUUGUUCCUAAGAAAGAGGGACAGCUGAGAAUGUGCAUAGACUAUAAGGGUCUGAAUGCUAUUACAGUAAAGAAUGCUGCGCCACUGCCUAGGAUCGACGAUCUCUUAGAUCGAGUGCAGGGGGCUAAGUAUUUCUCUAAGAUAGACGUAAAGUCCGGAUAUCAUCAGAUAGAGGUACACCCUGAUGAUCAGUAUAAGACAGCCCUCCGGACUAGGAAGUUCGUAAGGAACUUCUCCACCAUCGCUGCGCCCCUUCGCAGAUUGCUGAGAAAAGAGACAAUCUGGAAGUGGGACAAGGACUGCACGUCCGCCAUGAAGAAGCUAAAGCAGGCGUUGAUAGAGUAUCUGGUCCUUAAGGUCGCCGAUCCGUCCUUGCCUUUUGUUGUUACUACGGAUGCUAGCCAGUACGGCAUAGGCGCAGUGUUACAGCAAGACGAUGACAAUGGCUAUAGACCCGUAGAGUUCAUGUCCGCBAGRAUGCCUUCAGAGAAGGUHGCGACAUCUACCUAUGAGAGGGAACUCUACGCUCUCAGGCAAGCAUUAGACCACUGGAAGCACUACUUGCUUGGGAGGCACUUCAAAGUCUAUUCGGACCAUGAAACGUUACGGUGGUUAAAGACCCAGGCCAAGAUGACAACUAAGCUUACUAGGUGGGCCGCAGAGAUAGAUCAGUACGACUUCGAGCUCAAGCCUGUCAAAGGGAAGUACAACGUAGUCGCGGAUGCUCUGAGUAGGAGAGCAGAUUACUUUGGGGCAAUAGUACAUUACCUCGAUAUAGGAAAGGAUCUGCAGCAGAAGGUUAGAGAAGCCUACGCGCAGGACCCUAUCUAUAGUGAGUUCCUCACGCGAGUCAAGGAGGCCCCAGAGACCGAGCCGAACUACCGCACUACUGGAGGGUUACUCUUCGAGAAGACUAAUGUCUUUGACCAGUUGUGCAUCCCCAAAAGCGAAGAGAUCCGUAGUCUGAUUAUGGGGGAAUGUCACGACACAGAGGGUCAUUUCGGUUGGCAAAAUACUUUGGUCAAUCUGAUGCGCGCGUAUACCUGGCCAGGGAUGAAGAAUGACUGCGUAGAGUAUGUUCGCAGUUGCAAAGUCUGCCAGCGUAAUAAGAGUUCUACGCGCGCCCUGCUAGGUCUUCUCAGACCCUUGCCCAUUCCGGAUCAGCCGGGAGACUCAGUGUCAAUAGAUUUCAUGCACACUCAAGUCAAGAGCAGGCAUGGCAAGAGCCAAGUCAUGGUCAUAGUUGACCUUCUGAGGCGCGUACUGAUUUAGUCAUACAAAGGUUCUUUAACUGCUGGGUUAGAGAGAACGGAAUCCCGCUGUCUAUAGUUAGCGAGAGAGAUAGUCGCUUUACUAGCCAGAACUGGCAAGAACUCAUGGGAGUAUACGGAUCUAAGUUGUUGAUGUCGUCCGGCCGCCAUCCAGAGACCAACGGUCAGACAGAGCAAAUGAACAAGAUCCUACAGC